AUGGAGUUAGCAGAGUUUAGCUAUACUAUAUCGUAUCGUCCUGGAAGCGAUAAUAUCGUCUCUGAUGCACUCACACGUGCUUUUUGUGCUACAACCCAAUCUCAAACAAACCUAAGUGGUAUACAUAGCUGUCUAUGUUACCCAGGGGUUACUCGUAUGCUUCACUUUGUUAAAUCUAAAAAUUUACCUUUUUCUACAGAAGAGGUCAAGAGAGUUUGUUCUAACUGCCUAAUUUGUUCAGAAUUAAAACCAAAGUUUUAUCGAUCCUCAAAUGUCUGUGAGUUAAUCAAGUCAAUACAUCCAAUGGAUCGCCUAAGUAUAGAUUUUAAAGGACGGUUGCCAUCUAAUUCUAGAAAUAAAUAUCUGUUUACAGUCAUUGAUGAAUAUUCUCGGUAUCCAUUUGCUUUCCCAUGUCCUGAUAUUAGUUCAACAACUGUUGUGAAGUGUUUAGAUCAAAUAUUCUCCUUUUGUGGUUUUCCAACCUUAUUUAACUCAUUUCGAACAGGAGCGUCUGUGAGUAUUCGAGUACGCUGA